AUGUCUUCUGAAAAGGAACUAGGAUGUAAUGAUGAAUACGAAGUCCACAAUGAAUGGUAUUGUAUUUAUCGGAAAAUAAGACUGAUUAAGAUGGGUAACAAGUGUCUGGAGUUUAUGGAUAAAAAAGAAAAUCGUAAUUUUCAGGUUGCUUACCAGAUUGAAUUACUCCCGAAUAAUAACCAAAAAGAAUGGGAAUAUGCCAUACAGUUGGACCCCGUUACAUGGUUUGAUAUGUUAUAUAAUUUGUCUGGUGACUUGCCGAAUACACUAAAGGCUGCAAGAAGUUAUGUAAAUAGUGUUCAGAGAAAAUACAAACUGCCAGCUCCUAUUGAGCCUACUAUGAAUUCCAUACCUUCUAAAAUUUAUUGCGGGCAUCACGCAGAUUGUAAGUAUUGUCCUCCACCUGAGAGUAAUAAAAAAAAUGUCUGGAAAGCCCCCUCUCUUAAAGAGCGUCCUAGUAAGAACCACAACUCGAACCAUGAAGAGCCUCCUGUUUUUUGUGUUGGAAUGGCUCCACAGCAAAUUCGUUUUCCUCGGUAUUGUAACUGGUACGUGGAGAAAGAACGUAUAGUCAUUGGAGAAGAUGGGAAAGACGGUUGGAUAUGUGUGUCCCAACAGGAUGAUGUACGUGAAAUUCUAAUAUGUUCUCAUCCCGGGACAUACAAUACAUAUGACAAGAAUACUAGACCAAACAAUCAUAAAACGAACAAGCAUUUAGUUAUCGAUAGGAAUUUAUGGAUUUGGGUGCUGGGAUACUUCAUGUCUACAUAUUUGGUAGAAAAUAUCUACUAUCAAGCAAAAGAGUGCCAUGGUCAUUUACACGUUCAUAUAAAACCGGAGGUGGUUAUAGCAUUCAAAACUGCUGGAACUGAUGCCAUGAAUAGAAAAAUAGGGCAGCCUAAUAAGCAGUAUGGCAUACAAAAUUGUAUAGAAUUAGAAACGCAUCGUCUAUUAAGUUCAGAGAUGUGA